AACAACGUUCAAAACGACGUGAGAAUUGGGAUGAAUUGUGAACCUUUUGGCUUUCCAUACUGGUCGGAAAUAAAAAUAGCUAUGCUACGCUGCUCCACACGACGCUUACGCGCCCGGUGCGUCCUCUGAUUGGUGCAUGUUGCUGGCUGGGCUUAGUCGUGCAGCAGCCCGAGAGGCUCUCCAUCCAUCCGGGACACGGACAACAAGGAGACGGCGUCGUGAAGCAACAACAGUCCGGAUGUAUGCAGCAACAAAAUGGGAAGGCGGGAGUCACAAAGGAAGCCGCUGGAGCAGCCGCAGUACACGCUGCCAAGGCCAGACAAUAAUAACGGCAAGAGGCCGCAGCAAAGAAGAAAGCAGAAACCGAACACUCCCUCGACCAAACGCCUUACUUCACGACACAGUGCUCAGGGAACCUCAGAGUCAAAGGCCCAUCCUCUGUCCCGUGCAGAAGACAGGAUGGAGCCAAAAGUGCAGCCGGCAGCUCAGCCCUGCAGCCACAGGGAACACAAGCCCACAGGUUUCAGAGUGAGCAGACACACAGCUGCAUUUCCCUGCCACCGCCUGUCUGAUUCAAGUCCUACUCUGAAGGAGAGCCUGUCACCAAAGCCAGAGGCAGGAAGUCUGGCUGGCCACGGAGAGGGCGACAGCGACACAGACUUGUCUGACUCAGAGAGACUUCCUGGGUCGUCCUCUGGUGGGGUUCCUCCACAGCUCCAGCUGAGACCAGAGGUCAUCGAGGCGGAACACUGCCCCUCUCGCGGCCACAGGCCCAGAGGACACGACCAUGGUGCUUUUGACUUCCCAGACUUCCUCCCUCCACCUUUUAACUCUUGGAGCCUCAGUCAGCUGGCUGUCUUCUACAAUAUGGAGGGCCGGGGGGGCCCUCGGCCCAGGCCCGUGGGCCCUUUGGAAAGGUUCUUGGAUAGGCUGCUGCAGCUGGAGUGGCACCAGAUUCAGACAGUGCAGGGGGAGGAGGGGAGGUCAGCGGUGUCAGAUGUCCUAUCCAGCUGCCACAGGUCCCAUGCUGCUACCUCAUCACGCCUCAGCUCUCCAAAGUGCAUCCUCCAGUGUCAGCGUACCUUCUCCCUCACCUUCCUCUCUUGUCUGGCCAGUCACUCUGCCCUGCUCUCCGGCUGUGCCUGCACUCUCUGCCGUAUCCGCUACUCAACCUGUAGCACAUCGUGCUGCCGCUCCUCCCACCAUAGCCGUCAGUCCAGACUGAGUCCUAUGCUGGAGCGCAGGGGGCCCACGUCACUCCCCAAAAGGAGCUACAGCGAGAGCCGAGUGAAGUCCUCAGACAGGAGCUCUGCAUCCCGACCUCAGUUGCUCAGCAGCCCUGUACGGACCAACAGCCAUCUGAGGAGAAUGCAAGCCUCAGGAAAUAUCCGCAACCCUGUUAACGGUGCUAACACCAAGCCUCAUUCUACUGCCAGUGGCGGGAGUGUCAGGGCUGCGACGGAGCCUGUGGGCGCGUUGGGCAACGUGGUGGACUAUAGGACAGGAGGGUUUAGGAGGAGGAGUGGCUCAGAGCAGAGAAGAGGUGGACUAGAAAGACAAAAAGGUGCACCAGAGAAACGACGAAGUGGUUCUGAGUAUAGAAGAGGAGGAGCUGAGCGGUGGAGAACAGCUGAAGAACGGGAAAUAAAAGCAAACGAUGUCACAGCAAUAAUGGACAAUUUACCUGGGCUCAAACAUUCUCCAAUAAACAGACCAAACAGACAGAAACAGGUGGGAUUUGUUACAUAACAGCAGUUUGGGUACUCUAAGUGCAAUCUGUUUUUCACAGCUACAGUUAAAUAUUUGAUUAUGAAUGUAUAUUGCCAUUUUUGUGUUAUUUGAGAAGGCUGAUAGAAAGUGUAGCAAGAUUGUAAAUGUAUUUUCUUCAUUAGUGGAUGUAUUUCUCUGUUUUUUUA